AGAGGCGGGGCUUGGUUGACGGGUUGCGCUUUGCUCUUGUGUAGAUAUCUUGCUAGCUCAGUUUAGUGUGUGCGACUCAGAGAUGGACCGAGGGCGCUCUUCCGACUAGCGAAGCUUCGGCGACUCAUACACCCAGAAGUAUUGAAAUAAUAGCUCAGAUCGAUUCGCUGAAGACAUAAAAAGAAAAGCAAAUAAACAGUCUAUCUUUCACCUCCACUCAACACACCCUAACACGGCAUUGAUGGUAAUGCAUGCAGGGAAACAACCGCGACUCAGUGAUGGGUGCAACGACCGAAGGGAUUCUCAACCCUAUCAGACCCUUAAGUACCCAUCAAAGAGUCAUCCGGGCAGCGAUCACCGCCAUGAGAAGAUGCGCGACAGCUCCGACCCCAGCCCACCUUGCAAAAUGCUUCGGCGCUCUGACAGCCCCGAAAAUAAACACAGCGACAGUACAGGACACGGCAAGGCGAAGGCAGUGUACACGCAUCGGCUCCGGGAGAGAGAUGGAGGGACCAGUUAUUCUCCACAAGAAAACUCCAACAACCACAGUGCUCUUCACAGCUCAAAUUCCCAUUCUAAUCCGAGUAGAACUUCAGAGACGCCCUACGAGCCCGCGGACGAUUGGUCAGAGCACAUCAGCUCCUCGGGGAAGAAGUACUACUACAACUGCCGGACGGAGGUGUCGCAGUGGGAGAAACCCAAAGAGCUGCUGGAGAGAGAGCAGAGGCAGAAGGAGUCGACCAAGGUGGCGGUGGUCAACAGCUUCCCCAAAGACCGCGACUACCGGCGGGAGGCCAUGCAGUCCACCGUCACCACCACCGGCUUCAGUGGCUCCAAAUGCACUCCGGCAGACAAGCCAACAGCCCAUUCCUGCACCUCCCAGCCGUUGUCGUCUUCAUCGUCGUCAUCGUCAUCGUCUUCGUCGUCCGCGGCGACGGGGCUGAACCCCUGCGGGACGCCGAGCUCGGCCGCCCCCACCGUGCCCGUGUCCCCCGUGCUCCAGUCGCCGGCCCCGCCCCUCCUGCAGGACCCCACCCUCCUGAGACAGCUCCUCCCGGCGCUGCAGGCCACCCUGCAGCUGAACAACGCCAGCGUGGACAUGUCCAAGAUCAACGAGCUUCUCACGGCUGCGGUCACACAAGCUUCACUGCAGUCUAUGCUUCAUAAGAUCCUCACUGCCGGCCCGUCCGCUUUCAACAUCACUGCCCUGCUUUCCCAAGCUGCUCAGCUGUCUGCUCCAGCCCAGCAGUCCAGUCAGUCCCCGAUGUCAUUAACGUCAGAUGCCUCGUCGCCCAGAUCCUACGUGUCCCCCAGAAUAAGCACGCCGCAGACCAACGCCGCCGCGUCCCAGAAGUCCCUGGUCAACACGCCGCCUGUGUCCUCGCAGCCCAAGGGUAGCACACCGGCAGGGAAAGCAGGACCACACCCACAGUCUGUAUCCCAGCAACCGGUGGCUGCAGAGAGAGCGCACGAGCACGACUCUCCCCGGCUGCAGAGGCAAAGCAGCAGCCAGGGGAGCCCCUCGCCCGGCCCCAACCACAGCGCCGGCAGCAGCGGGAACAGCACCUCCGCGUCGGGCUCGGCCACGCCCGGCGCCUCCUCCCGGCCGGCGUGUGCGUACACGCCCGGGGGGGCCCCCGCCCGGCCGUCCUGCACCCUCACGCCCACGCUCGCCUCCCACUUCAACGAGAACCUCAUCAAGCACGUGCAGGGCUGGCCCGCCGAGCACAUGGAGAAGCAGGCCUCCAGGUUACGCGAGGACGCCCACAACAUGGGGAGCCUGUACAUGUCUGAGAUCUGCACCGAGCUGAAGAACCUACGGUCCUUAGUGCGCGUGUGUGAGAUCCAGGCCACGCUGCGGGAGCAGAGGAUACUGUUUCUGAGACAGCAGAUUAAAGAGCUGGACCGGCUGAAGAACCAGAACUCCUUCAUGGUGUGAGGGGGGGCGAGGCCGGGGGAGGCUGACUGCACACGGUCGGAACGUGCGGACCGCCGUUCCGUGCCCAGUCUUAACACUUUCGAGCCGCCGUCGGAGCAGGCUUUGGACCGUUGGGCCGGGGCGGACCAGGGCGAGGGCAGAGGGCGGAGGGCGAGGGCAGAAGGUGGUGACCGAGCCUCGCGUGAAUUUCGGUGGGGAGAGAAAAAGAAAGGAAGGAAGGAAGGAAGGAGGAGGCCCUCUGAGUGUAGAUUUCUUGUAGAUGUAUCCAUGUUGUAAAUACCUUUUUGUAGAGCGUCGGAGCCUGUGAGAGCCGCGCCUAUCCGAGAGCUCCGACAUCCAAACUAAUCAGCGCCCGUACCGGUCGAGUACGUUAGCCCCUGUCCACUUUAACUCACCCAGACCUUAGCUUACGCCAGCGGACUGGUGCGCCGUGUGUGUGUGUGUGUGUGUGUGCGCACGCGCGCACACGUGCGUGUGUUUCUGUUUGUGUGUGUGUGUGUGUGUGUG